AUGGCUGACCCUGAGGAAUUGCAGGUUUCCUCGCCGCCCCCGCCGCCUCCGUCUUCUUCAUCUUCAGACACUUCAGAAUCUUCGCGGGGCGCCCGGCGAGUUCCGAGCAGGAGCAGCAGCCGGACCGUGGACCCGCGGGAAGACGUGGGGCUGCAGAUCGGUGGCGCAGCGUUUUCAUUAACCAAACUUCUUGAAGCCACAUCUGCAGCAUCAGCGCAAGUGGAAGAGCUUGCCUUCAAAUGUAUGGAAAGUGCACGUUUCCUUAAAACGUGGCGGGACCUCUUGAAAGAAGGCCAUGAUUCUUUGAAACCUGACAACUGAUUUGACGUGCUUAGUUGUUUAAAUAAUGACUGCAAUAACUCAUACUUCCUCAUAUGUGAUAUUUGCACAUUACCACAUGUAUAGGAUGAUCUCUUUUCAGCAGUUUUGUAUACUCAGAAUGAAAUUUUUCUUGAUGUUUGUGAAAAUAGAAUACUGAUGUUGUUUUUGAUGCUGGCCAGUACUUGUUUAUCCUUAAAUACUGUCUUCUCUCUAAACUUUCACAGAAUCCUUUAUGAAGGUUAAUUUCAUCAGUAAAUGGUUAAUAUUAAUAGUGCCACAGUGCUACCAGUAGCAAACUAGGUAGGCCAUUAUUUGUUUUGCAACAAGAUGCUAAGAAUGGCAGAAUUUGAAGUUGAGCUUUAUCUUA